AUGUUCCCCAGCAGUCUUUUGCUCAAGUGUCCAACCCAAUUUUCCUUUCGAAUCUGCCGUUCCCUCGUUCACAUUUCGUUGUGUCUCGACUACGAACUGACUCUGACAAAGGACAUCGAGCCUUCGGCUCGCGUGAUUGACACUGUGGCAGGCUACAGGAGGAGACGCCUCCUAGUGGAGGAGGUGCCCGGACUUUAUAUUCGGCGCCUAACUCUUGAGGAUCCGCGAAACGCAGCUCGAGAGAAAGAACCGACGGAUUCAAGGUCACCGUCCCCGAGUCAUAUCUGUCAUCCGAAAAGUGCUCAUGAUCGCCCGGGGCGAGGAUCUUCAAGUUACAGAUCGUGGCUGGAGAAAGUGAGAAACGAAAGACCAGCUUAUCUAACUAUAACUUCACUGGAACUUCCGGAAUGUCCAAUUCCACUGAUCGAGUCCCAGGCGAGUGCUCGUGCACGCGGCAGCGAGGAAUCCCCCCGGAGCAAUCCCGAGAGGGACACCGUUUUGGAUGAAUUUUUAGAAAAGGUAUCACGUAUCGGGCGCGACAAAGAUAAGGAUCCAAGUGGAACACGUUCGUUUCGCACCACCGAUUACGCGAAACGAACCUCGACAAGAAAUCGAGGAUCCCGCACUCAAUUUUCAGAGAACGAAUGCAGCGCCGGACUCGGAAGUCUGGAAGAAUGCACUAAAAGUAUCGUCGCAGGUCCGACGAGAUAUAAGAUGCGUCCGAGCACGAGCGAUUCACAAGUUUUCAAGGACUGCAUCUGUUCCGAAAUUUCGGAGAAUCUGCGCGUUAACAUACGCGAGAAGACCGAGGUCAUCCGCGGCGGCUCUCGUAGUCCGAGUCCGGAAGUGACUCACACCAUUAGAAUUGCGAUGAAAUACCACGGCCAGUCCGCCGAGUGCAGGACAGAAGGAAGCGGAGAUUAUACGAGCGCGAGGAAGCGGCAUGGCGAUGGGGAGGAGCCUGAGAAUAUUGGGAAGGACAAACAAUAUUCGGGCGCGAAGAAUUCGCGGAUCAGAGAAGACAGUUGUUGUCCAGGGGUCAAUCUGGCGUUAGAUUUCACUCUCAACUGUACCAGCGUACAAUUGACGUCUCGGGAUAUCAGUCUGAAAAGUGGAACGAACACGGUGACGAAUCAACAGAGCGAUGAAGAUUGAUAUUCGGUUUGUGUCUGCUCUCUCGGGUUGCCGAAUCAAUAGAAAAGAAGCGAACGAAAUUUGAGAAGGGGUCGAUUCUUUCCCGGUUCAUCAUCGUCCGUUCUUCAUGAUUCCUUGGCUGCGAGUAAUAAAUCAAAACUUAUCGAGGCUUCAUUAUCAGGUGUAACCGCUGAAAGUGCAAAAUGAAAAGCAACCUGAAGAAACGAGGAUCCACUAUGCCACGAAUUAUUUGUUCGUAUCCAUUAGAAAGCUUGGAAGUUACUGAUGAAUAAAAACGAAUCUGAUUUGAGUGUU